AUGGAGUCUGUUACCCGCAAGGAGCUCUCCUUCCUCGACAUGGUGCCAAGCACCUCACCCCAGUCAGCUCGGUCGCUGUUGCGACCAACUGGCGCGGAUGAGAUGCAUGAUCUGCUCUGUGUUGGAUUCGGCCCAGCUUCACUUGCUGUCGGUAUUGCCCUGAAUGACGCUAUGGACCCCGCCCUCGGUGCCUCCAAGGACCCCAACUUCAAGCCUAAGGUUUGCUUCCUGGAGAAGCAGAACCAGUUCGCUUGGCACUCUGGGAUGCUGGUCCCGGGCUCGCGCAUGCAGAUCUCCUUCAUGAAGGAUCUCGCUACUAUGCGUGAUCCCCGCAGCAGCUUCACUUUCCUCAACUAUCUCCACCACAAAAACCGUCUCGUCCACUUCACCAACUUGGGCACUUUCCUGCCUGCCCGUGUGGAAUUUGAGGACUACAUGCGCUGGUGUGCCCAACGCUUUUCCAACGUUGUCAACUAUGGCGAGGAGGUUGUCGAGGUCGUUCCCGGCCCCACCAAUGCUCGUGGUGUCGUCGACUUCUUUACCGUCGUCUCGCGCAACACUGGUACUGGCGAGAUCUCCUCCCGCAACUCCCGCAAGGUCGUCAUUGCCCUCGGCGGAAAGGCGAAGAUGCCUCCUGGUUUCCCCCAGGAUCCCCGCAUCAUGCACUCCUCUAAGUACUGCACUCACCUGCCUCAGAUGUUGAACGACGAUAUGGCUCCUUACAACAUUGCCGUCGUUGGCAGUGGUCAAAGUGCCGCCGAGAUCUACCACGACCUGCACCGUCGCUACCCCAAUUCACGCACCACCCUUAUCCUCCGUGACACCGCUUUGCGUCCUAGUGAUGAUUCUCCCUUUGUGAAUGAAAUCUUCAACCCCGAGCGCGUUGACAAGUUCUAUGAGAUGAGUGCGGAGGAGCGCAAGAAGCGCAUCGCCAUCGAAAAAGCCACCAACUACAGCGUGGUUCGCCUGGAGCUGAUUGAGUCCAUCUACAACGAUAUGUACCUGCAGCGGGUGGAGAACCCCGACGAGACACAAUGGCAGCAACGCAUCCUUCCCGAGACCCAGGUGGCCCGGAUCGAGCACCACAAUGCAUCGAACCGCAUGCGCAUCCACGUCAAGUCGGUCAACAACGAGAGCGGGGGUAAGGAAGUGUUGGAUGUCGAUGCCCUGAUGGUCGCGACGGGCUACCUCCGCGACGCGCACGAGGAACUCCUCGAGAACGUGCGCAGCUUGCGGCCCGCCGGCGCUUCGGCCUGGAACCCCGGCCGUGAUUACCGUGUUUCGCUCGACGGUGCCAAGGUCAGUGCCCAGGCUGGUAUCUGGCUGCAGGGUUGCAACGAAAAGACCCACGGUCUGAGUGAUUCUUUGCUGUCGGUGCUGGCCGUGCGGGGGUUGGCUGGCGCUCCCUUGGUGCAGGACACCCGGGUGCGCGCUAUGCUGUGA